UGAUUUUUCGUUUGACAACUGGCUGGCUUGAAAUAAAAAACAUCGAACAUAGUUUAUUGUUCAGUCCUUAGAAUUGUUUUAUUUAUUGCUGACUUAUCUAAUUCUUUGGUAAUUAAAGUAAAAUGAGUGAAUUAAGACACCGGAGGGGUGACGGUGAUGGGAACGAAAAAGUAGAAACUGCUGGAGAAUCCGAUCAUGUGGAUUCUGAGGAGGAAAAGGUAUUAGAAGAAAAGUAUGUGGAUGAAUUAGCAAAAUCGCUGCCUCAAGGAACGGACAAGACUCCGGAGAUUCUGGAUUCGGCGCUUUCUGGACUUUCAUCGCGAUGGAGGAACUGGGUCAUCAGAGGCAUAUUCACCUGGUUGAUGAUUGGAGGUUUCUGCCUUCUCAUAUAUGGUGGGCCAUUGGCUCUAAUGAUAACGGUACUCUGUGUUCAAGUGAAGUGUUUUGAGGAGAUCAUCAACAUUGGGUAUGCUGUAUACCGAGUCCAUGGCUUGCCGUGGUUCCGCUCCCUCUCCUGGUACUUCCUGUUGACUUCCAACUAUUUCUUCUACGGCGAGAACCUGAUUGAUUACUUCGGGGUUGUCAUCAACAGAACGGACUACCUCCGUUUCCUGGUGACGUACCACCGCUUCAUAUCCUUCAGCCUGUACUGCGUCGGCUUCGUCUGGUUCGUCCUCUCCCUGGUCAAGAGGUACUACAUGAGACAGUUCAGCCUUUUCGCUUGGACCCACGUGGCGCUGCUCAUCGUUGUCACACAGAGCUACCUCAUCAUACAGAACAUUUUCGAAGGUCUCAUCUGGUUCAUAGUACCCGUUUCCAUGAUAAUCUGUAAUGACGUCAUGGCUUACGUGUUCGGCUUCUUCUUCGGCAAGACACCUCUCAUAAAACUCAGCCCCAAGAAGACCUGGGAGGGUUUCAUCGGAGGCGGUUUCUCUACCGUUGUAUUUGGCUUGGUGCUAUCCUACCUCAUGUCUCAGUACCCAUACCUGGUCUGUCCCAUCGAGUACUCGGAGUCCCUGGGCAUGACCAUGGACUGUGAACCCUCGGGGCUGUUCCGUCUCCAGGAGUACACCACGCCGGCCUUCAUGCUGCCGCUUGUGAGGGCCUUUGGUCGUGAGAAGAUCAACUUGUAUCCUUUCAUGAUCCACUCUCUCGCUCUGAGCAUCUUCAGCUCUGUGAUCGGACCUUUCGGUGGCUUUUUUGCUUCUGGCUUCAAGAGAGCUUUCAAGAUAAAGGAUUUCGGUGACGUCAUCCCCGGCCACGGCGGCAUCAUGGAUCGUUUCGACUGCCAGUUCCUGAUGGCGACCUUCGUGAACGUCUACAUUACCAGCUUUAUUAGAACCGCCACACCGCAGAAACUACUGCAACAGGUGUACAAUCUGAAGCCAGAGCAACAGUUGCAGUUGUUCUACGCUCUGAAGGAGUCGCUCGAGAACAGGAACAUCCUCAACCUGAUACCUUAAAGGUGUCAGACAUGUGUAGUGCGGGGUCACACUUGAUGAUAAAUAUAAAACAAAAAAAAUAUAUAUGACAUCACUAUAUCAUAACGUGUAUUGUGUUGGUAUUGUAUAUAAAUUCUGACACACAUAUAUAUAUGUAUAUAUAUAUAUAUACAAUACAUUAUGCAAGUAUUUGAAAGCCCACCGAACAACAGUUGAUGUGAUCACUGGUGUGACACCGCACUAAUACUUUACAUAUCCCAAAUUUUGUUUGAAAAUACAUUACAUUCUAGUCCUCAGUAACUAUGUACUCAAACGUAAAUACAGUUGUAAUUCAAACGUCUCUGUGUGUUCGCUACACGACGAUUAAGUUGUGACCUGACCAAGGUACCAGAUGAUUGAACAGAUUGAUAGAUAUUUAUCUACCAUAUAUAUAAAUAUAUAUAUAUUCUGUAUUCUGUACAAGAUAAAUGUAUUAGAAUUAUAUAUGUAUAUAUGGUCUAAAACACAACUCGAAUUUUUUAUUUUUCAUAGCAUAUGUAUUUUAUAUAAAAUUUUAUAUAGUGUUAUUAUUAUGGCGAAUGUAACUAUUAUUUAACAAGGUUUUCAGUCUCCUUACUCUGAGUUUAUGUUGUCACUAUGCGAAACGUUUAACUUUUCAUAUAAUGUAGCCUAGAAAUACUAUAAUGUGCGAAGAUUUAUGAUCUUUACUGUUAACGCUCCGUUUUUAGUCACGAUCCGAACUCAGACUAAGGAUACUGAUAUGAGGAAGGUAUGUUUUGAGAUCACUUCUAUAUAUGUUACUAAAUUAUAACCUAACAUAUGUUUAUAUUUUUUUCAAUGAGUUUUGUAUGUCUAUAAAAAUUAUCCUUUCUCGUUGGAUCAAACAGGGAAUAUAUGCAUUUCUUUCUAUAAUUUAGACUGAAAAAUUGACUGCUCUAUCACGUGCUAAAUAUAUUGUAAACGGUAUUCCAUUAAUUUCGGACAUUAAUUUCAUAUAUUUUUGUAUGUAUUUUACCUGAAAUCCACUUGCGAUACCUUCGCUUGGACGUCGGACGGAACCCUGAGUUAGUCGAUUAUGUAUACGGGUUUUUAUUAAGUAUUUAAUUAUCGUACAUGUGAAUGUUUCCUUAAUACAAUACUCUGUGGAGGUUUUAAUAUAAAAAAAAGAAUAUACCGGCAUUAUGGGAAAAUUAAAAAAAAUAUUUAUAUAUAAAUUGUCGCAAACAUUAUUUACUGUAUCGGGCUUUGUUAGGUUUAAUUCACAGUAUGCGUAUAGUUUAGUAUGAAAUCACUACGUUUGUAGAGUUGUUAAGUUUUUUUUUGUGUGAUUUAUUUGUGAUUUUAAGUUACGUUGCGAUAUUUGUGUUGCUUUGCGUUUUUUGUUGUUUAAAAUUGUUAUUUAUAUUGAACUUAGCCUUUCUUAUAUAAAUUUCACUUCUGUAGUUGAAGUGAUUCAAAAUGACUAGCUUAAUAAAUGUAUCGUCUCAGUAAAGUAUAAUUUAAAUUAUUGUGCGGACCAAAAAAAGAUGGUCGUUUUUUCCAUAUAAUAACUGUUAUGCGAAUUAAUUUAAAUUUAUUUGCCAUAGGACAAAGCUGUACAGUUUGUUUAUGCUAAAUAUUUAUUAUAUGUUAAAACAAGAAGCGGUAGUCGAUAUUAAUUCAAUAUGUCCUAUACAUCAUAAAGAAAUUUCCACGUAUUCAAAUAAUCCCAUCACUCUGAUGUUAGUAUUAAAAUUUUGAUGUUCGUAAUUAGAAUAGUAAGUGUAUAGAAUUUUAUUGUCAGCUAUUCAUUGACUUGACCUGGCAACAUCGAGUGUUGUCAUGCCGUGGAGGUUUCAUUACAUGUCUCAGGAGAAAUGUAUCUAUAUUUGGUGUUGGCAACAUUAAACUAGGUGGAUGUUAGCUAAUAGAUUUUUUUUGUCUAUGCUUCUAUAUAUCUUUUUUGAAUGGUCAUAAUAAAAAAAAAAUCAUCAUGAAAUAGAAAUAAGAUCUGAUGAAAUCGAUAUUUUAAUCUGUUUUUAUUUUUGUUCAAGAAAUGUAACCAUUAAACUAUAUGUGUAUGUAGUUACGCUAUGUGACGACGGUGUUUUCCUCAUCUUUAUUUAUCUUAUUGAUUGAUUGCAUUCAGACGAAUCCUCGUUAUUAUUAAGAGUUGGAUUUCUACACAGAUAUAUGUCGAUUUCCUACACGAGUACUUUAUUAUAGAUAUGUGUCUAAAUAUAAAUUUAUUUAUUAGUGAAUCCUAUUGAGCUAAUUAAAUUAAUGAUUCUUGUC